AUGUAUGCCUCUACCUCCUGUAGUUUGCUGCUGAGCGCUGAUUUGCUGUGGCAGGUGGUGGAGUAUGGCUUGGCUACCGCGCAUAUGACAAUAUGCCAUUGCAACUUGGCAGCACGUCUCGAACUAGGACUCUACCACUACUGGGUAUGGUUUGAAAUUAUUUUAUCCAGUGAUGAAAUCAUCCAUCGAGGUGCCUACGUCACAAACGAUAACGGCGGCGUUGGACUCAUCUCCCUCAUCACUCCAUCGCAACUGACACGCGGGCCGAGAAACGCAGCGGAGACCGAAACCUACGAGGAGCAUCCUCUGCCGGAACUUCUAGGCGCAGGGGCCCUGCGCUACGAUUUACCUCUUGGGUAUAUUGAGUCUCCACCAUGUCUCAGAAUAAUCAUUGUCAACUCGCCAAAAGUAGACAGAGUGGAACUUUUGUAUCAGCCUCGCGACGCGCGCGGUUAUUCGCACUUGCAGCUUCUGACCAUGAUCUUGUCUCGGUUACAUGAAUAUAGACCUUCGGUAUAUGUAACAGAUAAGAGGUGUUCUCUCGGUGGCGCGUGCAUGGACAUCAUUUUUUCACUGCAACGACGAAAUCAAAUCCGUAGAACGGAACAGCAAAUGCAUAAAACGGAUCAUUGCUCAUGUGAGGGUAAUGGCUCUGCCAUCACGAGCCGGACCAUAACAUUGGUUCAAGCGGUGCUCGUCCUUCUUUUUCCCAUCGACCUCGGCCCCGGUUGUCCUGAAGGCGCGUAUGAGCUAAGGGAAUUUGGCCUCACCAAAGCGAUAACAGUUACCACAGGACGGAAUUUAUGCGCGCCUGAAAUAGCACAUACCGUUGUUGAAGAUUCACCCCCGCGUCCCGCCUUUCAAUCAUCGCGGGAGAAGAAGACGUACGCUUCUCGUGAACCUGCAGCAUGGAAGCUUUUCCGCGGUGUGUCAAUGGAGCUUUUGCUUUUGAGGGUAGCCUUAGUGUUCGAUAUAGCGGCAUCGUCAGCGAAGGGACGUAACCUCCAGCCAUCAUUGUCUCCUUUUCAUGUACCUGAAUUCUGGAGUGGGAUGGCUCUCCUCAUUCUAGCGGCCAGUCGGCUACCAGUGGUUCGAGGGAGAGUAUCGCUGACGCCGGGACAACUCGAACUUUUGAAGUUUACGGAGUUUUUCCAUACCCUGGCAACUGGGAGCAAUGAUAGCCGUUGCAUGCUGUGGUACCCGCAAGUACGACGUAAGACGUUAACUUCAUACCUGAUGUAA